AUGUCUCAACAGCUCACCUCCGCCUCGACGGCGCUCUUGCGCGCCUGCGCCCGUCAGCAACUGCCCACCAACGUCGCCCGCUCCGCCAUUGCCGCUGGCCAACAACGAGGUGUUGCUGCCAAAUCGUCCUUUGAGAGUCCUUUCGGCCGUUCCGAGGAGACCGACACCCUGAAGAUCCCCAACUUCAAGAAGUACACGUCCAAGGUCUCGCCCACGACGAACAAGGUCUUUUCGUACUUUGUGGCCGGAACAAUGGGUCUUGGUUCCGCCGUUGGAGCAAAGGCCACCGUCCAAGACUUCCUCGUCAACAUGUCCGCCUCUGCUGACGUCCUGGCUCAAGCUAAGGUCGAAGUUGCUCUAGGAGCCAUCCCCGAGGGCAAGAACGUUAUUAUCAAAUGGCGUGGCAAGCCCGUCUUCAUCCGCCACCGUACUGGAAGUGAGAUUGAAGAAGCCAAUAACAUCGAUAUCCAAUCGCUCCGGGAUCCUCAAGCCGAUGAGGAUCGUGUGCAGAAGCCUGAAUGGCUGAUUAUGCUUGGCGUCUGCACUCACCUUGGAUGUGUGCCUAUCGGUGAAGCCGGUGACUUCGGUGGUUGGUUCUGCCCAUGCCACGGAUCCCAUUACGAUAUUUCUGGCCGUAUUCGCAAGGGACCUGCUCCUCUGAACCUUGAAGUUCCCUCGUACAGCUUCCCCGACGAUGACACUCUUGUGAUCGGUUAG